AGGUGGAGUUUGAGCCAUGGGAGGGAGGAGAACUGUUGCAUCAUUUACAGAGAAAUGAAACUUAGCACUGGGAUAGAAAACAGGUUGGUUUGUGUGCACGCAAGAAGAGACAGCAGUGCAAAGCGUCCACAUCCACAAGAAGGACAAGACUGAUCACAGCAAGAUAUGUUCGUUUGAUCACUUUAUGAUCACGGACCACCCAGGAAGUGUCUGUUAUGUGACUCUGCAGUGGUCUUUGUUGCAGACAUGGCCACAGCCAGCCCUCUCCCGUCUGAAGAUCAGUUCAUCUGCUCCAUCUGUCUGGACGUUUUUACCGAGCCUGUCUCUACACCGUGUGGACACAACUUCUGCAAGGCCUGUAACGCCAAGCACUGGGAAGGCAAAGAUCAGUGCGUGUGCCCUCUGUGCAACGAGAAGUUCAGCAAAGGGCUCAAACUUCGUGUCAACACCGGAUACAGGGAGCUCGUGGAGAAUUUUAAGAACCAGCACGCGAUAGCUGACAACACUUCCCAGGUCAAACCAGGACAGGUGCCAUGUGACUACUGCCCUCAUUACAGAUCCAAAGCCCAUAAAACUUGCCUGGUGUGUCUGAGCUCUUACUGCGAGACACACCUCGAGCCUCAUCACAGAGUUGCCGUCCUGAAGGGACACAAACUGACCAAUCCUGUGCACAACCUGGAGGAGAAAAUAUGCAAGAAGCACAACAGGAUUUUAGAGUUCCUGUGCAGAAGCGACGUGACUCGUGUUUGUGUCCUGUGUACGGAACACAGCGCGCACGAUACAGUCCCUUUAGAGGAAGCUUAUGUUGACAAGAGGGCUCAGAUGGGGGUGAAAAAAGUGCAGGAAGUGCAGGAAAUUAAACUCAAGCGUGGCAAGAGGGCGAAGAAGAAGAAGAAAGUGGCAGAGCAGACGACGAGGAGAGGCAGAGAUGAAGAGAUAUCAAACAGCGAGGGGCCUAAUUUUAUGCAGAUUCCUUUCAUUUGGUUUCCCGAUGAAGGCCCACACCAGUUGAACAGGUAUUACCUACUUCCAGGAAACAUGGGCAUCUCAGGAGGGAAGUUCUACUACGAGGUUGUGACCAAAGGGAGACGCGGCUGGUUGUUAGGAGUCGUUAGAGAGUCGGUUCUUCGAAGGCAGACGUUCACAGUUAACAGCAGGAAUGGAAGCUGGAUCAUAGGGUUGCAGAAUAACACCGACUGCACGGCUCUACAUAACAUCCCCAUCCCGCUCUUCCUGACAAGGACACCUGAGAGAGUCAGGGUGUAUGUAGACUAUAAAAAUGGUUUGGUGUCCUUCUAUGAUGAAGACAUCCCGAUCUACACAUUCACUGGCUGCAAAUUUAAAGAGAGAAUUUUCCUAUUCUACUGUCUCACAGAGGACAUCAGCUGGACACAGAAACUUCGGAGGAAUCUUGGAGAUAUCUUGUUAGGAAUUUUCGCAAUGGUAGUGUUAUUAAUUUCCUUCAAUCAAAGUGAAACAUAAAUCACAUCAUCUUUUUAGAUAGUGGAGUUAAGACUGAUCUUGCUGAAAUCUAUAUCCAGUAAAAUGUAAACGUGCCAAAACGAGCCGUAAAUGCGUCUUUACGGAUCUGCAGGCUGAGCUCAGUUUAACUGGAAAUGUUGAGUCACUGACGUUAUUUUCUUUAUCAUAUAUUUUUGCAUUCAACAAAGCCUUUUAAAUCUGUUCUUGCUACAGUCAUGGGUAAACUUGCAGAGGCAGUGAGUCACAAGCUCACCUGUCUCCGAAUGUGAUACAGAACGAUGAAGGUUCAUAUACAGAAAGUCUGUCAAUCACAAGCAGUGUUGAAGAAGUUCUGAUUCAAAAAUUUUUGUAUUUGAGAUUCAAAGUGUAAAUAUAAAGUUUUUACAUUUCCAUGAAACACAAUGUGUCUUUUCUGAGAU